AUGGGUUGCGGUCAGAGUAGGAUUGGGAAUAUUUAUUCUAAGAAUAAGAAGAACAAGAGUAAUGCUUCCAAGAAAAAUGAUUUUCGCUCUGCGACAAUUGAUCAAAAAAACAGCACUAAGAGCAAUAAGACUAAUAAUAACAACGGAGAGGUUAAUCGGAACGAGGAUAAUGCCGGAGACUGCAAAAAUGCUAAAAAAAAGAACGGACCUGGCGGGCCGCUUCUGCACCAAGCUGAAGUGUCUUCAAGCCAGCUGGAUUUUUUCCGAAUGCUGGAUGAAAAAAUUGAAAAUGGUCCAGACUACGACGAAACUUCGGACGGAACAGUGAAAGCCGAGCGAAUUUCAGAGCUGCUCCGCCGCUGGGAGACGGCCAGUAUUACGUGGUCGAGUGUAACAGACCUGUCGUCACCCAGCAUGGGAAACUUCACCUUGACGAGUGCGCCUGUCCUGGGAAUUGGCAGCGAGACGCGUCACGCGGCCAUUUUGUCGGCACGCGACCGCGAGGGAAUGCGUAACAUAAUUGGCGGGCGGCCCGAAUCCGCCCCGGUCUACAUCGCGAAUCGCCUGGACGGACUCCCCUCCACAAGUCCCCCCUCUCCGAAACUCUCUCGGCAUGUCCUGGAGUCGAUAAGUCAGAGUCCGACUCAGUCGGCAAAAGUCGAGCCGGUAAAAUCUCCGCCGGUAAAUUACCGAGCGUCGUUCUCCGCCGAAGAGGGAAUCGAGGAGGAGGUGAAGCUCUACCGCGAGCAGUAUCUCCAGCAAACUGGGAUUAUUUAUCAGAAUAACAAUAAUAACAAUAACAAUCACAAUAUCCUGAGGAACAAUCAGAUUAAUUUGACUCCGACGCGCAAGCGCCUCAAUGCUGCCCAAAUCACGUGA